AUGCUCAGAGUUGCACUCUUGUUCACCAUUUUCGUCUGUGUUGCCGUGGCCAUCAACCACGAGAACAACAGACCAGUCGUCAUUGACCACGGACUUUGGACCGAGGUGAAGAGCGGUUUCUACAACAAGAACCAUCUUCCACCAAUGGGUUUCAAGAGAGCCGCCCACCGCCAGAGAUUCCCAGUCAGAUCAUUCUCCCUCGAUGCUGUCCCAACCGCCUUUGACGCCCGUCAACAAUGGCCACAAUGUGAGACCAUUGGCGCCAUCCAAAACCAGGCUGAGUGUGGUUCAUGCUGGGCCUUUGGUGCCAUCGAGUCCAUCUCUGACCGUUAUUGCAUCCAGAAGAACACUUCCAUCCAGCUCUCCUUCCAGGACCUCGUCACCUGUGACACCUCCAUGGACGGUUGCAACGGUGGUGAUGCCUACUCUGCCUACAAGUGGGUCCAGAAGACCGGAGUUGUAUCAGCUGAGUGCCAGCCAUACACCAUCCCAACCUGCCCACCAGCCCAACAGCCAUGCCUCAACUUUGUUGACACCCCAGCCUGUGUCAAGAAGUGUGCCAACGACUCUCUCGACUACGAGUCUGACAAGCACCACGUCACCACUGUCUACUCUCUUCACCCAGCUGCCUCUGUCAUCCAAACUGAGAUCAUGACCAACGGUCCAGUUGAGGCCUGUUUCACCGUUUACGAGGACUUUGUCGGAUACAAGUCUGGUAUCUACGUUCACACCACUGGCAAGGACCUCGGAGGUCACUGUGUCAAGAUUAUUGGAUGGGGCGCCCAAAACGGCACUCCAUACUGGAUCGUCAACAACUCAUGGACCACCUCCUGGGGCAACCAAGGACAGUUCUGGAUCAAGAUGGGCGUUGAUGAAUGCGGUAUCGAAAGUGACGUGGUAGCCGGAAUGAUCUAG